UUGAUUGCUCACCAGUUCAAUUAUCAUCCCCACCCCCCACCUGCAAUUGAGGUUUUUGCUUCUGUCUUGUUUCUUUCAUCCCCAUCAUCUCAGCUUCUGAUAUUUAGUCCUCUGGUUUGCAAAUUCUUUCCACUUGAGCUCUCACUGUUCUAGUUGGGGGCUUGUGGAGAUGGGUACCGUGGGAGAAAUCAAGUCGUCGGAAGGGACGCCGGGGACGCCUGUGACUGUUGAAAUGGAAAAGGAAGGGAAUUCUUCUGAUCAUAGUUAUAGGAGGAAGAAGCUGGGGCUCUACUUCAUGGAGUCCGAUGACCGGCGGACGGCGUUGGGCGGCGGUUAUACAGGGGGAACUACGCCGGUGAAUAUCCAUGGGAAGCCCAUUGUUGAUCUUUCCAAGACUGGUGGUUGGAUUGCCGCCUUUUUCAUUUUUGGGAACGAAAUGGCAGAGAGGAUGGCUUAUUUUGGCCUUUCGGUUAAUAUGGUGGCAUUUAUGUUCUAUGUCAUGCAUCGACCUUUCUCUAGUUCAGCAAACGCGGUCAACAAUUUCUUGGGAAUAUCACAAGCCUCCUCUGUGCUUGGUGGCUUUAUAGCUGAUGCAUAUCUCGGUCGAUAUUGGACUAUUGCCAUUUUUACCACUAUAUAUCUCGCAGGUUUGACAGGAAUAACCUUAUGUGCAACAAUGAACAUUUUUGUGCCAAACCAAGACCAGUGCGACCAGAUCGCCCUACUUCUCGGCAACUGUGAACCUGCAAAACCAUGGCAGAUGCUUUACCUCAACACGGUUCUUUACUUGACUGGAUUUGGAGCUGCGGGUAUAAGGCCAUGCGUUUCUUCUUUUGGGGCCGAUCAGUUUGACGAGAGGAGUAGAGAUUACAAGGCUCACCUGGACAGGUUUUUCAACUUCUUCUAUCUCUCUGUCACUACUGGUGCGAUCGUGGCCUUCACUGCCGUAGUCUACAUUCAGAUGCAACACGGAUGGGGAUCUGCUUUCGGUGCCUUGGCCAUUGCUAUGGGGAUGUCAAACUUGGUCUUCUUCCUUGGCACUCCCUUGUACAGGCAUAGGUUGCCUGGGGGUAGUCCUCUGACUCGUGUUGCGCAAGUUUUGGUUGCUGCCUUUCGGAAGAGAAACGCCUCCUUUGAUAGCAGUGAGUUAAUUGGACUCUAUGAGGUUCCAGGAAAACGAUCUGCUAUAAAGGGCAGCAGCAAGAUAGCUCAUUCCGAUGAUUUCAGAUGUUUAGACAAGGCAGCCCUGCAACUGAAGGAAGACGGUCCUGACCCGAGUCCAUGGCGGCUUUGCACCGUUACACAAGUUGAAGAAGUCAAGAUCCUUUGGAAACUCAUUCCCAUCCCUGCUUGCACUAUAAUGCUCAGCCUCGUCUUGACAGAGUACUUGACCCUAUCAGUACAACAAGCAUACACAUUAAACACGCAACUCGGUCAUCUAAAACUCCCUGUCACGUGCAUGCCUGUAUUCCCUGGCCUCAGUAUAUUCCUCAUACUCUCUCUCUACUACUUGAUAUUCGUCCCUCUCUCUCGCCGCAUCACAGGCCAUCCCCACGGGGCCUCUCAGCUUCAGAGAGUAGGUAUUGGAAUGGCCGUUUCAAUUUUAUCGGUGGCUUGGGCUGCGAUUUUUGAAAGGUACAGAAGAAACUAUGCAAUAGAACACGGAUACGUGGCUAGUUUUCUAUCUGCGAUGCCGAACCUGAGUGCAUACUGGCUUUUAAUCCAAUACUGCCUGAUUGGGAUUGCUGAAGUGUUCUGUAUUGUGGGAUUACUUGAAUUUCUCUAUGAGGAGGCUCCGGAUGCCAUGAGAAGCAUAGGCUCGGCUUACGCUGCUCUAGCUGGGGGUUUGGGUUGCUUCGCAGCCACUAUACUGAACAACAUUGUCAAAUCUGCCACGGGUAGUGACAAAGAAAGAAGAGAAUCGUGGCUGUCACAAAACAUUAACACCGGGAGGUUUGAUUACUUCUACUGGCUUCUCACGGUUCUCAGUGUGAUCAACUUCUGCGCAUUUCUGUAUGUUGCACGUCGGUACAAGUAUAGAGUAAAGCAGGAAAUAUGAACAGGGGAGAUGGGUAAAUGAGGUAUCGAUUAGAAGUUUGUUAUUACUUAUUAUUAGGAAGUUUACACAUUUUGAGUUCAGGUAAGAGGCAUUCGUUUGGUUCCCCUUCGCGAUUGCAUUGCGAAAAUUGUGAUGUGAUGCAUUAUGUUUUCUAAGAAUUUCGCGCAAUAGAACUUGAUACAGUUACUUGUUACAGCUUGUACUUCAACAAGGAAUGAAAAAUGCUUGAUUGGUGGCGCGAUC